AUGUCAACCCAAUCACCUACUCCUCCAACGCCAAAGGGUCCUCGAAACAAUCGUCGGAAUUUGAAAAGAAAUACCACCCCGCUGUCUCAGAAGGUCACCUUACUGGCAACCCCGCCCUCGUCGCCACCGCGGAAUCAGAGUCCUGGCGGAACUGCCACGGACUCUUCUUUCAACUAUAACCCUAGUGCGUCUAAGAAGAAGCCUGCGCGGACCAACAGAAAACCUCGCGAUGCAUCAAGGGCUUCUCCUGUUUCUAACAACGGGCAUCGGCAUACCUCAUCGCACUCACACAAUCUUUCCACCCCACAAGCAAAGGACAGCUCGCAUUAUGCAGGUCCUACUUUUCAUGCAUCGCCAGCGCCGUCGGCUCUUCCAAUACCAAGCUUUUUUUCCAAGUCGUUGCCUGAGUCGGACAUUUCAUCGGGACUAGAAGCCGACAACGACAAUCUCGAUACCAGUCCAGAAUCAGAAAGUACGCCCUCCAAAUCUAGAGUGCGUCCGGUCUAUGAGGACGAAGGACGCAAACCCACACCACUCGAUUUUCUCUUCAAAGCUGCAGUUGAAGCUCGAAAUACUCAGCAGCCGCGUAGCCCGGAGUCGACCAUGAGAAUAUCAUCCCCACAAACUGAUUCGAAAGCUCUUUGCAACCGCAGUACCAUCGGCGCUGGCGCUAGCGAUGGACUGUUCAAAGCCGAUGUGGAUGGUCCCGAAAGCAGUCAAUCGCUUAUCGGGGCCUCAUUCGCUGCAUCCUACAAGGAUCGCAUGAAUGCUCUGCGAUCAGCCAGUUCACCCUCUCAGUCAAUAGACCACCUGGACGAAAAUGAACGACAGGUUAAGACAGAGGCUUUGAAGAGCCUGCUGCUCAACCCUCGUCCUCAGAGACCGUCCUCAGCCUCGGUUACAGCCCAGAAACAACAUGGAAGCUUCAGUGGGCAUCCCUCUGCCAACCAUAAUGUGCCUCACUUUGUGACUCCCCUAAGAGCAACUUCUGGGCCACCUGCUUCUUACUCGCAUGGUAUGUCUACCGAGCACCAACAAACCGUUCCUGGAAUCGGUUCGUAUUCACCAUUACCAUACACGCAACACCACGCUUUUCACCAAGCCCAGCCUCCAUACUCGCCUCUUCGGAAGGAGGUUCUCUCGACGAAAGUUGGGAAUAGACCGACGGUUCCUGGAGAAGCGCACUACCCUCCUCCACAUACCUACGAGCAGCCAAGGUCUCCGCCCCAGUAUGUACAGUACCCAAUGUACUAUCCCCCACCUCAGCACUCUCCCGUGUCACGUGCCAUCUCGGUUAGUCCGGCUGCGCAAUCUGUCGAUACUAAGAAGAUGGAGGAUGAUUUGCGACGUAUAUUGAAACUCGAUGCGCCCUCCGGUGUUUCAGCUGGUGGCAUUCAAAGCUCAUUCGCCUGA